AAUGCAUCUGUUCAAAUCUCUAAAUAUUGUCAGAUUGAUUGUCAAAGUAAAUUUGACACGAGAUUCUGACGUUCAGAUGCUUUUUAGUUGGACAAUGCUCCAACUAGCGGAAGUCCAACUAAAAAGCGGUCCAGUUAAAAAGUGUCCAACCAGCGAAUCACGACUGUAUAGCUGGAGAAAUUCUUUAUCCAGUGCUUUCAUUAUCUCACUGCGAUUAUUUUGCGACUUAGUUCGGUCUGUCUUAACACCGAUCAUAUGGAAUGUAAAUCCAAUUUGAUAGAAUAAUUUUUAUUUAUUAUUCAACGUAGAAAAAAGAUCUGCAUAAUCUUUAAAGUCAGCUGCAUCGGACAUAAUGUAAUUGAGUUCUUUGCGACCGGUCUCACGAACACUAAUGAAGUUUCCUGGUUGAAAACAAUCCCAUUUACUUUUGCCGUCUUUGUUUAUUAUUUUCCACCAGCUUGUAAUGUAGUAUUUGUGUCAUGUGGCGUGUACGUACAUAAGCCGUAGAAAAGUCUAUGAUGUAUGUUGACAGAUGGCUUUUCGACCUUAAUCAUAAAUUACACGAUUUGUUUUUCUUUUGGUUCAGUGCAAUUUGUUGGGAAAAUGGAAAAGGCUUUUUGUAAUAGAGAUGUGAGUGGCUUAUUUCAAAUUUGUUUCACAACUCGAAUAUGAAAUAAACAUCAGGAAGCGCGAAUGUGCAAAUUUAUUAAUUUGUAGUUUCUUAGCAGAAAGUUAACGCACAAAAUACAAACAAACGUUAUAUUUCUAUCACAAUCUUAUCGGAAUCAUUUUCAGCAUCAACCAUGCCUCGUCAAAGUAGAGCAUCGCAACCGUCGUCCUCCUCCGCCGGGGGGCCAAGAGAGCCGCGCGGAAGCCAACUGAACCCAUCCAGCAGUCAAGCCAGCCAAAGCGCUCCCACUGUCGAUGGAGAGUUGGAUCAGCUAGUGGUCAACAUGGUUAAGGUAAUCCUGAACCUAUCGGUUAACAAGUAUCCCAUCAAGAAGACUGAUCUGGCGAAGAACGCCCUCGGAGGGAACAGUCGUGCCUUCCCGAAGGUAAUCGGACCGGCCAUGACUGAAUUGAGUGAGGUUUACGGCUAUAAGCUGAUUGAAACGGAACGGAACAAAACCUUCAUUCUUGUGUCCAAUUUGCCCUGUGGCUCGAUCCUGGACCUAAACGAAGAUUACCGGCGAAAGUACACCCUGCUGUAUCUAGUGCUCGGGUACAUUUUCAUGAAGAACGGUAACGUACCGGAGCAGGGUCUGUGGGAUUUCUUGGCCAAGCUCAACAUUAACGAUGAGGAAGAGCAUACGUAUUUCGGCAACGUUCGAAAGUUGGUGGGGGAAACUUUCGCCAAACAGGCAUACAUAGUCCGAACCAAACAGGUGGUGGAAGGUAUGAACGAGGAUCGGUUUUUGUAUAGCUGGGGCGUGCGGGCCCAUCACGAGCUCAGCCAGAAGGACAUUCUGGAAUCUAUCUGUAAGCUGCUCGGGAAACCUUCGAUCUGCUACGUCACUCAGCACACGGCUGCUUACGGCGAGAGCCGCGAUGACGGGGAGGAUGACGAAUCGAUGGAUGCUUCGCAAGCUUGAGUAGAGUUAAUUUUGUUUUAUUGGUAUGUGUAAGAUUGGAUAUGUAAAUAUAAACUGAGGUUAAUGAAUAAUAAAAAGUAACUGAAUGGAAGCGAUUCCAAAAAUA